AUGGAGUUGCGGCCAAUCAACAACAACAACAAUAACAACAAUGCUGCCAUCAAUGGACGUAACUCCGGCAUCAACAACAUCGGCUGUAGUUUUUCCCUGGCUUCGCCGUCGCACCAUACGCCGCAGCGGUUGACGAGGAGCUGGGCUUGUCCGUCCUCCGCCGGUAACGAGACGGUCACGGACAUCUACGCAAACGACAUGGCAUACCUGCAGACGCUCGACAAAGCACAAGCGCCGGAGUUUGCACCGGUCAUGACGCGUAUGGAGCUCGACGGAGCUUUGGCGCAUCCCGACAGCACGUCAGCAGUGCCACCUCCAUUGGUGACGCAUUUACGCAAGACGAUCAGUGAUUACAUGGAGGAAAAUGCCACGCUUAGGCAAAAAAAAAAAGAACAUGGAGCAGCAGGAGCGCCUCUGCAUGGAGAAGGACCUCACGCUGGCGCUGCUGGAGGAGCGGAUGGUGAGCAUGAGGUUUCGCAUGCAGGAGGUGCUGAGUUCGUAUCGUAA